AUGGUUCAGCUGGUCCACAGAGACCAUAAAGCAUAUGAUGCCAUAAAGCAUCUUUUGACCCAGGCUCUGGUCCUCCCACUGCCUGACUCUAGACUCCUUUUUGUCAUGGAGGUGGACCCCUCUGGAGUAGGUGUGGGCAUGGUCUUUUCCCAGCAGACUUUAUCAUGGGGAUCCCCCCAUCUCAGGGCAACACCAUUAGUCAUAGUGGACACGUUCUCGAAGGCUGGGGGCUUUGUGUCUUUGCCCAAGCUCCUGACCAUAUAUGGUACGGCCAAGGCGUUGCUUGACGAGGUGGUCUGCAUCCAUGGACUGCCCACUGACAGACCAUGGGCCGCACAGUUGGUUCUGGGGGUGAUGCUGGCACAGGAGCAGACGUGGCAGCAGCUGCCACUGACACAGGAGUUGAGACGACUGGUGUUGAUGAGACUGGAGCUGAGGUGGCGGGCGCUGCAGGCACUGGAGCUGAGACUGUGGGUGUUGCUGUCACUGGAGCUAAGGCAGCGGGUGCCACAAGAACUUGAGCAUGUGGUUGGCGACGCUGGAAUUGCUGUGUGUGGUGUAUCUCCAUACGUUCCUCAUCGGUAUCACUUUGUGAAUCAGAGUAAAACCUGGACUGAAGCUCAGAGCUACUGCAGACAGACCUACACUGAUCUGGCCACCAUCAACAACAUGGACGAGAUGAAGAAGCUGAACAAGACUCUGAUAGAUAAUGGUGGCCACUUUGUUUGGAUUGGUCUGAACAGGGGGGACACUGGGAGAUGGCAGUGGUCUCUGGGAGGUGGAAAUUUUGACGGAGAUUCAUACCGGAACUGGAGCAGUGGAGAACCAAACGAUAAGAAUGCAAACACUGAGAGAUACGUAUUCAUUAAUGAGACAAAGACCUGGUGUGAAGCUCAGAGCUACUGCAGAGAACAUCACACAGAUCUGCCCAGUGUGAGGAACCAGACUGAGAACCAGAAGAUCUGGAGUGUGUUAAAAACUGGUGAACGGAUCUGGAUCGGCCUGUUUAACGACUCCUGGGAGUGGUCGGAUCAGAGUAGCUCUUCAUUCCGAUACUGGCUUCCCAGACAGCCAGAUACUAAUGAUAAAUGUGCUGCAGCAUCUGUAAAGGACCAGUCUCAGUGGCAUGAUGUAAACUGUAACAUAGGAUUCCCUUUUAUCUGCUAUGAAAAUGAGCUGGUCUUGAUCCAGAAGAAACUGAGCUGGGCAGAAGCUCUGAGAUACUGCAGAGAGAAUCAUGUGGACCUGGUCUCAGUUCACUUUGAGGAGUUCCAGCUCUGGGUGGAGGAUUUGGCUCAGAAAGCCUCCACUGAUCAUGUGUGGCUGGGUCUGCGUCACACCUGCACUCAGGGAUUCUGGUUCUGGACGAGUGGGUUUACCGUCUGCUACCAGAACUGGGCUCCAGGUAACGGUGCAGAGGGAGAACACUGUGAGCCUGUGGUCAGAACCGGAGCGGUGCAGGCUAGAGGAGAUCAGCAGUGGGUCAGCCUGCCUGAGAACCAGACUCUCAACUUCAUCUGCAUCAAAUAUGAAGGUUAGGUAGUGUCUAUGUGUGAUUUGUACAAAAUGUGCAUAUAGACAUGACAUAAAAUCUUAAUUAUUCAUUAUUUUUCCCAGAUUGAAAUCAGGUGUGAAGAGAUUUCUUGCCCAGAAUCAGCAGCUUGACAGCUUUACCACAUUCUCUGUAUAUUAGCUUAAAAUAGUGCUUCAUACUGCAUGUGCUGUAACUGUUAAACUAAAAUGCAUUUCCUUGUUUCAUAUUUGUGCCUCUUUACCUCUUUCCAAUGACUUUUAUCACUUACUUAACUGUUAAGUUUAAGAAAAAAUCAAUUAAUAAGCAUUUGGACAGUGAAAAGCCUGCUCGAAUCUAGAGCAGAGCUCUGAGACCAAAAGUUGAAGCUUGUUUUAUUAUUUCUUACAUUUGUAAAAUAAAAAACGAAUAUAAUUUUUUUUGAAGUAUUUUCUGUUUAUUUCGUAUAAAUGUAUUUUAUACAAUUAUGUUAAUCAUCAUGACACUGUUCUUACUGGAUGAGUUAUUUAAAUAAAUUAAAUAAAAUCA